AUGUCUAAUGAAAAUCUUUCCGAUGUUUACACAAAUCUCAAAUUCUUUGCAAUUUUUCCAGCUCUCAAUGUUGCACGUGUUGGUAACUCUGAAGAGUAUUAUGUAGGGUCCGAAAUUCCCGGAGUAUAUGUUGGAAAGGGAAAUGAAUCCUUCCGCUUCAAGGAUGCGAAACAAAGAGUAAAACCACAAGCAGCAAGGUUCCGAAUUUAUGGUUAUGAUAGAAAUAAAGAACUCAAACGGGAAAUUAAACUUACAGAGGCUGAUAUUGCUGGCGUGAAAAUAGAAAUUACUUGGACUGUCGAACUUGCUAAUAAAAAGGCAGCGCAUACAAAAUUUGAUGGUAUCUUGAAAUAUAAAGAAAGUGGUCCUAAACGAAAUGCUAAUUGGCCUUAUGACAGGUCUACACUAAUGGCAAUUGCAAAGGAAAGUCUGUCUGCUGAAGAACCAAAAACAGAAUCUGAUAAAUCUGAUAUAAACCAAAAAAUAAAAGAAUUACCGGCCGAAAAAGAAUUAGAGGCAUUUGUUUAUCGUCAUAGCAACGAUGAUAAGAGCGGACAGAAACUCAGAUUAGGCAAAAUAAUACUUGAAAAAACAGGAAGUUUGCUAGUUAUUGGUGGAAAAGGAGAGUCUGGAUGUAUCAAAGAUGGUGGCUUAAUCACUGAAUAUGCAAACAACGAUUAUUGGUACGAUGACACUUCUGAUGGCUCUAGCAAAUCAUGGGUCCUUGUUGCGCCUCCAAAAUACGCACCGGGUAUUCCUAACCUGGUUUCAUUAUAUCAAAUUAUAUCAGAAACGCAGCAUCCUGUUGAUCCGGAGCAUCUAAUCGAUCCAGAUGUUGUAUUCGAUCUAGAUAAUCCAGCUACUGAAGAAAAUAAAAAGGUAAAUUAUUUUCGAGAUAUCCGGCCGAUAUUUGAAGCUGUUUGUAGGAAUUCAUGGGUCAAUAAGAAUGCCUUCAAUGGUCAUGGCUUGCAUAAGCAAGGUGACUUUUUAAAUCCCGACAUAGAGAAGCAUUUACAAAAUCCUCCUGGAAAAAAUGAAGAUGAAGAUAAUAAAAAUGAAGAAUGGAGGAGAAACAUUCUCUCUCGUGUUCGAAUACCUAAAUAUCUAGCAUCUCCGGCUGAAUUUAACGGUCAAGCUUAUGACUAUUUUAUGCCACCUUUAUCUGGAGAUGGUGGAAUUGCCAGGCCUACUGCUCCAAAUACAUAUUUGACUGUCACUCGCGGUCAAUAUCUCUUAUUGCAAAAAUGGGCUGAUGGAGAUUUUGUGAAAGGAAAUCAGCCGGAAAAAGAAUACAUUUACCAAUUUAAAAUGAAUGAAGAAGAUAAUCCUCGAUAUGUUGAAAAUGGCGAGAAGAAAAAAUUUGAAGAGGUUGUUUGUGAUGUUCAUAAACAAAUCAAAUGUCUCAACAAAGCUGCACUUCAAUGGAGUGUUGGAGGUGGAUUACAUCCUGGAAUUGAAAUGACUUUUAUCGCUUAUGACAAAAAUACAUUCUCUAAAAAACAUGAUUUCAGAAUCAAUACCCAAAAUAUAAGACCUGGAGAUAUUAAUGCAUAUUUGGCUUUACCUUGGCAAGCAGAUUUUUACGAAUGUAAAACAAUUUGGUGGCCAGCUCAAAGACCUGACGUAACAAUUCCAGAAAAACGAAUAGAUGACAUUAAAAAGUAUGGUGUUAGGUUAGAAUACUUUGAGGAUUGGACUCGUGGAUUUGAAACCGAUGAACCAAGAAUAGGCAUGCCCAAAUGGGGCGACAUGGAUAUGGUUAGGAAAUGGGAUAGGCAAGUUAGCAGUGUAUUGUUAGGUUUUAUCGUCGAAAGAAAUAUAAAUAACAAACAAAUAGACAAAGCAUUCUUUGAAUUUGAACGUGACAAAAUUUUCAAAAUAAAUAUAAAAGAGAUAACAACCCCGACCCUAGAUGAGCUCUAUGAGAUGCUUAAAAUUGCGAUGAAGAUCGAACUCACUAAUAUUCCACCAUACCUUUAUGCUAUGUAUUCGAUAAAACCUGGAACAGAAAUUGGUGAUGAAGUGAGACGUCAAAUUCGGCAUGUCGUUGCGGAGGAAAUGCUACAUUUAUCGCUUGUGGCAAAUCUUAUUACUGCCAUUGGACGACAACCCAUACUUUAUUCCCAAGAAAUGAUUCCUUAUUAUCCAAACCCUCUUCCACAUAUAAGUCAAGGCACAAUUCUUGUCCAUCUUUCAAAAGCAAAUAAGACUACUCUCGAAACUUUUAUAAAGAUUGAAGAACCUGAUGAUAUUGCUCGAGAAAAAAAACCAGAGACUGUUCAAACAACAAAAUUAAAUAAUAUGGAUGUUGCCAUGCAAUCAAUAAAAUUAAAUCCUUAUGAUAUUGACGCUACGAGUGUUGGCGCGCUCUAUGAAACGAUUAAAGAAGCGUUUAUAUUUCUGACUCAAAAAACCAAAAUUAAGUACAAUACGCUAUUUCAGCUUGGACCCGGAAUGGGUUACACACCUAGGCCUG